AUGUCCGAACAAGACGGUGCGUCUACGAGAAAAAAAAUUGUUAAUAAAACGACAUGGAAAAAAACAAUAAGGAAAUAUUGCAGAAACAAGGGCUUAUCAUAUGUGAAUACAAAAAAUAAAGAAGUGAGUGAAAAAAGUGAGCCAAGUGAGGAUUCUUGCAAAUGCCAGUUUUCGUGUACCUGUUUGACAUUGGAAUGCCGUAAAAAAUUAUUUCACGACUUCUGGAAUCUGGGAGAUUAUAACGAACAGCAGAUUUACCUAAAAAACCUUAUACGGCUUUGUUUUAUAAACAGAAGGAGACUUGGCAAUUAUGAAGAUGCAACCGAAAGCAGGCGACAACGUACAUUUAAAUACUAUCUCAUAAUUAGAGGCAUGUCGGAAGUUCAGACGUGGUGGAAAAAGGCAAAGACGCGACCUCAGUGGAGAGAAAAGAUUAUCGUGUACAUAAAGUCAAUACCGGCUCAAGAAAGUCAUUAUAGUCGAAAUGACGCUCCUAAUAGAAAAUAUCUCCCAACAGAACUUAGUGUGGUCAAACUAUAUAAAGGGUUUUUAGAAAAGCACCGUGAUGGAUCUACUAAGCCACCAGUAUCUAGGCAAUGGUUUAAUGAAAUAUUUUUGACCGAGUUUAAUUUUUCUUUCAAGCCUCCGCGAGUAGACACAUGCCCGACGUGUGACUCUUCUAAAAUCGAAAUAGAUACUGCUCCAACUGAAGUAGUAAAAGACCUCGCUAAGCAAAAGUUGGACUUUCAUCACAAGCAAGCUGUGAUGGCCAGAAAACUAAUGAAUAAUGAUGGAGCAGACUCUAAAUGUCCUAAUUCAGAUGUUCGAGUGGUUCAGUUCGACCUCCAGCAACAGAUGUACCUCCCAACAUUAACCCAUACACAGAUGUACUACAGUCGUCAGCUGGCGUUUGUCAAUAUGGGAAUUCACUUGGAGGACGAAGGAAAGGGCAUCAUGUUUCUCUAG